UCCCGAGUGAGUCAGGGUCACUCACUUGGUGACAGCUGUGGCUCGCCUUACAUGAGCUAAAUUGGGAGUUGGAAUGUCAUGCAGAUGCCCCUUGUUCCCUACCCCCAUGUUAAAAUUAAUCUCCUCUCUGGGAAGAGAGGGACAAACAGUGCUGCCCAUAGAGUGAACAAGAGUCAUUUGGGGAACAAAAGGAGAAAUUUCCAGGGACAGAGUCACUCAGGGAGGGAAAGAUAGAUAAAGCUACAUGUGCCUGGCUGAGUUACAGAGCAAAGAAUACAGAGGGACAGAGAAGUGUCUGAAAACAGCUAUCUGAGGACAAGGUGAAUUGUUGGAGGAGGGGACAGAAGAGAUAGCAGAGCUAUUUCAAGAGUGAGCAGUAGAAGGGAACAAGAAUCCGUGGACCGUCUAAACGAGGAAGGGUCCAGAGGCAGUGAGGGAAGGCCAGGACCAAGGCCGAGGCCAGGGCAGGCACGAUCGCUGAGGGGAUGAACUUCACAGUGGGUUUCAAGCCGCUGCUAGGGGAUGCACACAGCAUGGACAACCUGGAGAAGCAGCUCAUUUGUCCCAUCUGCCUGGAGAUGUUCUCCAAACCGGUGGUGAUCCUGCCCUGCCAGCACAACCUGUGCCGCAAGUGUGCCAACGACGUCUUCCAGGCCUCGAACCCUCUGUGGCAAUCCCGGGGCUCCACCACUGUGUCUUCUGGAGGCCGUUUUCGCUGCCCAUCUUGCAGGCAUGAGGUUGUCCUGGACAGACAUGGCGUCUAUGGCCUGCAGCGAAACCUACUAGUGGAGAACAUUAUUGACAUUUACAAACAAGAGUCUUCCCGGCCACUGCACUCCAAGGCUGAGCAGCACCUCAUGUGCGAGGAGCAUGAAGAGGAGAAGAUCAAUAUCUACUGCCUGAGCUGUGAAGUGCCUACCUGCUCUCUCUGUAAGGUCUUCGGUGCCCACAAGGACUGUGAGGUGGCCCCACUGCCCACCAUUUACAAACGCCAGAAGAGUGAGCUCAGCGAUGGCAUUGCAAUGCUGGUGGCGGGCAACGACCGCGUGCAGGCCGUGAUCACUCAGAUGGAGGAGGUGUGCCAGACCAUCGAGGACAACAGCCGGCGGCAGAAGCAGUUGCUGACUCAGAGGUUCGAGGCCCUGUGCGCGGUGCUGGAGGAGCGCAAGGCUGAGCUGCUGCAGGCGCUGGCCCGCGAGCAGGAGCAGAAGCUGCAGCGCGUGCGGGGCCUCAUCCGCCAGUACGGGGACCACCUGGAGGCCUCGUCUAAACUCGUGGAGUCGGCCAUCCAGUCCAUGGAGGAGCCGCAGAUGGCGCUCUACCUCCAGCAGGCCAAGGAGCUGAUCAAUAAGGUCGGGACAAUGUCGAAAGUGGAGCUGGCAGGCCGGCCAGAGCCGGGCUACGAGAGCAUGGAGCAGUUCACCGUGAGCGUGGAGCACGUGGCCGAAAUGCUGAGGACCAUCGACUUCCAGGCGGGCGCUUCCGGGGAGGAAGAGGAUGAGGAGGUGGCGUUGGACGGGGAAGAAGGCAGCGCGGGGCCAGAUGACGAGCGGCCGGAUGGGCCGGAAGGCACGGGCGGGCACUGACCCUCCCCCGUCGGGGAGCCCGCGUACCUGGGGCCUGGCCCUCGGGUCGCGGAGGACCUGCGCAGAGACCACCGUGCCACACAGCUCGGCGCCCCGCCGCGGGGGAGGGGCUCAAUA